AUGGCUCCUCCGAAACCCCAACCCAUGCCCGAGCAUACUGUCGACCGUACGCCCGAAUAUGAAAAGUUCAUCGAAGAUCUGCGUGUCUUCCACGAGAAGCGCGGGACCAACUUCGACCCUGAACCCAAGAUGGGCAACCUGACAGUCGACCUGCUCAAGCUCUUCAAGCACAUUGUCGAUCACGGCGGAUACGAUAAGGUCUCGGACGAGAAGCUCAUGUGGCGGAAAAUGUGCGAGGGUCUUGGUCUCAUGAGGCACAAUGCGCCUGCCGAUGCUUAUACUUUGAAACAAAUAUUCUACAAGAACUUGGCCGCCUACGAGAUCAAGACGGUCCACAAUAAGGAACCACCUCCACCCGAGAUUCUUGAGUUUACUACUGCCAAAGGAGGAUCACUCCUAACUAGAACCCUUGAAAACUUUACCGCAAGGAGUUUGAAAGGUGAUAAGGAAGAUUCAGGCGACGACGGCACUCCGAGUAGGGAGCGGAGUACUGUUGACACUCCCAACUCAGCUCGCGCGUCCCGGGGUCUCAGAGAAGCGCCUGCCCCGAGGGUGAUUUUCCAUCCGGACACAAACUCGACGCGGCAAACACGACAUGCCGGUUCUGCGCAACAACAAUCCGCAGCCAAUCCUUCUUCCAACUCCAAUCCACAAAACAACCAACAACCCCCGUCGCAUUCGCAAUCUCACUCCAGUACCCCCAUACCCUCUCACGGCCCGCCUCACGCCCAUCAAAACCGAGGAAGCGCGUCAGUUAUGUACAACCCAGGUCCAGACCACAGUCACCACCUGGUGCAGAGUUACCAACCUGCGCCGCUGCAGCCGAUGCAGCUGCGCAUCGUCGACACGCCCACGAGCAAUCCCGAGUUAUUCAACAAGAGGCGGCGCCUUUUAAGGCAACCUGGCCCAUCUGGCGCUCCCGGUGCUCUCAGUACUUCGGCACUGGUACGCGCUGCCCUUCCACCAGGUAGCCUCGAUGGCCCGAAUAUUUAUGAGCGCUGUCUCCUAGCUCUCCGAUCCGGUAUCCGUGCGGAGCAGGCCUUUGGACUCAACCAUCUUGUCAAGAUUUCAUUUGAGCGUGGUGAUAAGUACAAGUUUGCUCAAUUUAGUGGACUGGCCGAAGGGUUGACCGAGUUUGCUCUGGGCGUAGGCAGCUUAUUCUACAACAUCGAAUGGGUCAUAUCGAAUGACCCUGAUGUCGACGACGGCGACAUCGGCGAGCUCGACGGUAUUAACGGUACCUCGGAUAUCCUAGAACGCAUUGCGGAGCUCAAGCGGAAAGAUGUCCAAGACAACUUUCAGCCUUCAGAGUUUACCGACCACAUGACACUUGUUACCGAGGCCGUUCUUACCAUUCGGAACAUGGUGAUGCUGCCGGAUAACGCCUGGUUCAUGGCGGAUUACCCACCGAUAAAGGAUUUACUCUGCAUCCUUCUUCACCUUCCGGACAUGGAUCUCACCGUGGAGCUCAAGCAUUUUGCGCUGGACAUUGCCGAACAAAUUACACCCAACUUGGUGCUGGAAUCAGACGAUCCCUUGUAUCAAACCCUGCUUGGCCAGCUCAAGUCUAACGACCGUGGCACAAUUCUCACCGCUUUGCGAGCUAUUGGGCGUAUCUCAAUGAACCACGCCACGGAAACCAACAAGCUUCAUAAUGUCCCGGUCUCUGUCUUACAGAACCUUAUGGACUGGCUUCUACUCAACGACGACGAGCUGGUUGAUGCCUGCCUUGACUUCCUGUACCAGUAUACUGCUGUUGUCCCUAACUUGGAUACCUUGAUUAAGGGUACCAACGUGGAGCACCUAGUCACCCAUCUCGUCCGGCUAUUGUCUCACGGGGCCAAGCGCCACCACAAGGAUAUUGUUGUAAGCGAGGCUCGGAUUGUGUACGACGCGCCUUCCGAGCAGGUCGUGUCUAUUCCUCCCGAUCUUCUCGAGCGGCUGUUGGCUAUGGAAGAACCGGAGCGCACACACCAGUGGGUGCGAUGCACAUUCGAGGAAGAUCCUGAUGCACAGGUGACACAGAUCGCGAUCUGGCAGGCCUAUAACGCAGCAUUCCUCGAGCCGCUAAAACGUACCGGACGAAGCAUGAUCAACGCAGCCGAAUUCAUCAGAAAUAUUAGCUCUGUGUAUCAUACCGCUGGUGCGCAAGUAUUCCGUGAACAGGGACCUACUGGGGAGGUUCAGAGCCGCUUCAUUAUUAGGGGAAUCAGACCUCGUGCUUUCCCCAUUAGUCCCGAAAACCGUGGCUACCUGGGCUGUCAAUGGACACGACAGCCCACCAGCGACGAGCAGCAGCAGCAGCAACAACAACAACAGCAGCAACAGGUUGUGUGCGGUGCCUGGCACCUUACCACCGAAUCGAUGUGGAACCACAUCCUCACACACCAUCUCGGCGAAGCCCCCGGCACCGAUAACAAAUUCUCCAACAAAGAAGGCACUUACUCCUGCCACUGGGACAGCUGUCGCAGGUACCCGGUCCCGACCAAGCUCAAGCUGAUGCAGCUUAUGAUGCACAUCAAGACCCACCUCAAGGCCGAAGAGGCUCGCCACAACGCCUUAUACCCCACCCUGCAACCUCCCCCUACCCCUGCGGCUGGCGGCGCAAUAGAGCCUUUCCCCGGUGGUGGUGCUGGUGGCAUGACCACCCCCGGCGGCGGUCCUGUGCAGGUGGCGUCUUCACCGAAGAGAUCUAGGACGAGGGUGAUCAAGCCAGCCGGCACUAUUUCGCUGACGUUUGAGGAGACGGCCAGCGUGCGGGACGAGAGGAACCCGAACAUGCCGCCGCAGGCGGCGGGGAUCCCGCUUAGCGCGGUGCUGAUUCUGAGGAAUAUCGCCAGGAACGUCGUUAAGACCGACGCUGAGGAGCGGUUGAGGAAACAGAGUCGCAAGCGGUUGCGUACCGCUGGUGAGGAUGAUGGCGGUGAUGAUAGUGAGGGCAAGGAGGAGGAGGAGGGAGCGUCGGCGUUGGUAUCGACAUCAUCAUCAUCAUACCCUGGACUGGUGGUGUCGUCGGAUGCGGGGUGGAACGAAAGGCUGUUCCGGCCUGUGAUGCCGAGGCUCUGGGAGGUAUUUUGCGACAAUAGGCUGUUGGCGCCAUACAUUACCAGCUUGUUUAAGCUGCUGGAGCCUGUUGAGUAG